AUUUAAAGUCCCUCACUUCCCUCUCUUCACUCAAAAUUCAAAAACCCAAAGCCUCAACCUAAUGGAAGAAUUGGCGUCGUCCGUUGAUGAAUUAUGGGAGGAUCAAGAAUCCUCUUCCCAGUCUUCCUUCGAUACUUAUUUGCUUGGCUUUGUCAUCGCCAAUAUAGUAGGCCUUCAGUAUUACAGAGGCAAAAUCAGUGGCCGAGAAAUGGUGGGACUUGUGCGAGAACCUCUCAACCCUUACGACGGAAACGCCCUCAAAGUUCUCAACACUAGAACCCUUCAAGUGGGCCAUAUCGAGCGUUCCGUAGCCGCCGUACUUUCGCCUUUGAUUGACUCUCACUUGAUUGUCGUCGAAGGUAUCGUGCCUAAUUCUCGUAGUGCUAGUAAUAGGUAUAAAAUCCCCUGCCAAAUUCACAUUUUUGCUAGAUUAGAAGCCUUUAAUUCUGUUAAAUCCGCGAUUUCACGAGGUGGGUUGGAGUUAAUUUCCCACUCUGAUGUGUCUUUCACGUUGUCUGAGGCUGCUGUGGUUAAGGGAAACAGAGCUGGAGGAGAGUCCCAGAGUUUGGAUAAGGUUUUCAAGUUGGUCGAAAAGAAUGUUAGCAAGAAGGCAGCAAUGGAACCCAUAGAGCCUCCAAAUGAGGUUAUUAUAUCUCAGCUUUUGUUGCACCAAAAGGAAGGUUUAGGAUGGUUACUCCAUAAAGAAAAUUCGAAUGAGUUGCCUCUUUUUUGGGAGGAGAAAGGUGGAGAAUUUGUAAACGUGUUGACAAAUUAUCAGACUGAUAAACGUCCUGAGCCUUUGCGAGGAGGGAUUUUUGCUGAUGAUAUGGGAUUAGGUAAGACUCUAACUUUGCUUUCUUUGAUUGCGUUUGAUAAAUUUGGUAGCUUUGUUCCCAAUUCUGGUGAUGCUGGUAUAGAAGAGAUUGUUGAGGAGGAUGUUAAGAAGGGAAAGAGGGGUAGAGGAGCUAGUAAGAAAGGUACUAGACCUCUAAAAAAACGUAAUACUAAGGAAGCUGAAUUUGGCAGUAAAGCUAAGGGGAAAUCUGUCAGUGUAGCUGAUGGGUGUGUCAGUUUUUCUGGCCGAAGAACGACAUUAGUUGUGUGCCCCCCCUCUGUGUUUUCAUCAUGGAUAACACAGCUUGAGGAACACACUAGUCCGGGGAAAUUGAAGGUGUAUAUGUAUUAUGGAGGAGAAAGAACUAAGGAAGUUGAGGAGCUUAAGAAGUAUGAUAUUAUUUUGACUACUUAUAGUACUCUGGCCACUGAAGAAUCUUGGUUUGACUCUCCUAUGAAGAAGAUAGAGUGGUGGCGAGUCAUCUUAGAUGAGGCACAUGUGAUUAAGAAUGCAAAUGCCCAACAGAGUAAAGCUGUCACUAAUUUGAAGGCCACUUGUAGAUGGGUCGUUACAGGAACUCCCAUCCAAAAUGGCUCAUCUGAUUUGUUUUCUUUGAUGGCAUUUUUGCGAUUCGAACCGUUUUCUAUCAAGAGCUAUUGGAGAAGUUUGGUUCAACGACCCCUUGCUCAGGGUAAUAAGAAUGGUCUCUCACGUCUCCAGGUUCUGAUGGCCAGCAUCUCCUUGCGGAGAAUAAAGGGUAAUAACUUAGUUGGAUUGCCACCUAAAACAUUACAAACAUGUUAUGUUGAGCUUUCUGUAGAAGAGCGUGAACUUUAUGACCAGAUUGAAGGAAAAGCCAAAAAUGUUAUCGAGGAGUUCAUUGCAAAUGACAGUCUAGUGCGCAACUAUUCAACCGUGCUUGGCAUGCUUUUACGACUUCGGCAGAUUUGUACUAGUCUUGCCCUGUUACCUCUGGAUCUCCGAGCGUUGUUUCCAUCUAGCAAUGUUGAAGAUGUAUCCAACAACCCAGAGUUGCUAAAAAAGAUGGUUGUGAUGCUACAAGAUGGCGAGGAUUUCGACUGUCCUAUUUGCAUCUCUCUUCCUGUUGAUGUAGUAAUUACACGUUGUGCCCAUAUCUUUUGCCGAUCCUGCAUCCUUAAAACCCUACAGCGUACGAAGCCAUGCUGCCCUUUGUGUCGUCAACCCUUAUCUCAGUCUGAUCUCUUUUCAGCCCCUCCAAAAUCUUCUGAAGCUGAUCACACUGAAAUAUCAUCAAGGAACCCCACAUCAUCGAAAGUAUCUGCUCUACUAAGCCUCCUUCGGGAGUCAAGAGAUCAAAAGCCAGCUACAAAGUCAGUUGUUUUCUCUCAGUUCCGAACUAUGUUGCUACUACUUGAAAAGCCGCUGACAGAUGCUGGUUUUAAGAUAUUGCGUUUAGAUGGAUCAAUGAAUGCAAAAAAGAGAGCUCAAGUGAUUGAAGAGUUCCAAGUUCCAGGACUAGAUGGGCCGACAGUUUUGCUUGCAAGUCUCAAGGCUUCAGGUGCAGGUAUCAACCUUACAGCUGCUUCUAGAGUUUACUUGAUAGAACCAUGGUGGAACCCAGCUGUUGAGGAACAGGCUAUGGAUAGGGUUCAUCGUAUCGGGCAGAAGGAAGAUGUAAAGAUUGUGAGGCUGAUUGCUCGAAACAGCAUUGAAGAGAGGGUAUUGGAGUUGCAAGAGAGGAAAAAGAAACUAGCAACAGAAGCUUUUGGAAGGAAGGGCCCUAAGCAUCGGAAAGAAGUCACGAUAGAUGAUCUUCGCACUCUCAUGUCCCUAUGAGUUUUCAGGCAUCAUGUUUCUAACCCCUCUCCAUGGAGCUCUUUUACUGUUUUUUUGGUUAUAAUAGGAUUUCUAGGACUUACUUUCAAGUUUUAUAGGCCAUUAAAGGCUUACUUUGGAAAUGGAGAGAACUUCUGGGAUAUUUUGUUGUAAAUAUCUGCUACCUAGAACUUUUUAUUAUUAUUAUUAUUAUCAAAUGCUACCUAGAACUUUAAAUCCAGGAAAA